AUGCAACCUCAAGUUUUAGAAUUAUAGACAAACCAUUACUUUGAUUUGAUUAGUGUUCCACCAUCGAUGAGAAAACAAAGUGCAAGAGUAGAUUAAAGGCCGAUCUAAACUAGUAAAAUGUAUUUUGAAUCAGAUUCUAAUAUUGAUAACACAUAAUCUUUGCAUAGUCUAUUACAAUAGAAAGAGGCUUAAUUGGAUUAGUUAUAGAGGAAAUACCUGUAAAUUAGAUAGGUAAAGUCAAGGAAACCUUAGGGAUAGCAUUUUAUGCAUGGCUAUUUAGAUGACUUGAUCAAUUCAUUCAAAGACAAGGUUGACAACAAUAUAAUCAGUGAGUUUAUAAACUAUUCAAAUUCAAUGAAUGAUAUCUAUAGGAUGCAAUAGACCCAUUUGCAUCUUUGUUAGUAACGAUUACAACAAGCAGAUUCAUUGGUUGAUUAACUUAAAAUCCUUAAAGAAGCAGAUCUCUUCAAUCUCAAAAAAAUAGUCUAAUCUUUAUAAGAAUCAUUGUAAUAAGCUUAAGUUACAGAAUUAGAUUCUAAUAAGUUAUAUAGAGAUCUAUAGAACAUGAAAUUAAAGUAUGCUAAAUUGCAAAACUAAUUUGAGAUAGUACAAAAGUAGAAUGAGUAUACUGAAAAAAAUAUGCAAUCCAUAAAGCAACAUUUAUAACAUACAAAUGAGGAAACUCAAGUUUUUAAGAAAACAUUGAGAAAAGAGGCUAGUUAAAAUUAAUUCAACCAAAGAAGAGUGUUUACUUUGGAAUAAAGAUUGGAGGUCUUAAGUGGCAGUGAUUAUAAAAAAGACAAAGACUCAUUAAGAAAUAUUAUAGAAGACAUGUUAAAGGAGAAUGAAGCUAAUAAACGAAAGGCAUUCUAAAAGUCUCAGGAGGUUUCAAAGUUGGAACAAGCAGUCUAAGAUUUAAAGGAAAAGAAUCAAAAACUACAGAAGAGGAAUAUGUUGUUGGAGAAACAAUUAAAAUUAUUAGGGUAUUCAGCUUAUGAUUUGAAUGGAAACACUGUGGGUCAAAAGACUAUAGUGGAAUCAAAUGAUCCAGACGAUGAGGCUUUAGAUAUCUUUUAGCAAGUGAAUUUGCCUAAUAAAUUAGAUUUUAAAUUAAAUAAUUUGAAAUUGAGACAAAGGAAUUUAGUGCAAGAUUUAUUAGAUUGUGGUAUCAAAUAAGCCAUUGACUAAUUAUUUUAAAUGGAUCAACAACAUCAAGUGGAUUAAAUUAGCAUCUUUAUGGAUUUGUUUGUGUAGUAUAAGAAUCUAGGAGAAAGUGUUAAUAGUCUAAUUAAUUUGAUCAAACAAUUAUUGAAAAUUGAUUAGAUUGAAGUAAUAAUGCAGAGACUGAGUUCUGAUUCAUAGUUAUUUAAUUGUGAAUUGAUUUAAUUGUGGCUGAUAGAUCAAUAGACUGCUACAUUUUACACUUAUAAUUAAAAAAAUGAAUUGGUCAAUGCAUAUAUUGAUGCGGAUGAAUUUUUGAAUGUCGUUAAAUCAUCAUAGCCUAUUUAUAAAUAAUAAGCAUUUGUUUAUAGAAAUAUUAAUACUGCUAAAUUCGCAAAGGAUUGUUAUCUGAUCCCAUUGUUAACUGAUAGUAGAUUGAUUGGAAUUGUAACAUUGGAAAAUCUAAAUAAUAAAAAAUAAGAUGCAAAAUAUCUUGGAUUGCUGAUUUCACAAUUAUUACUAUCAAUUAUAGAUAAAGUAUUGUAGUUUAAACUUAUCAAUUAUCAAUUGAGAUACAAAAAUCUCUUAUUUGAAGCAUUUACUGAAUUGUCAAAGCAGAAGUCAAAAUAUAAGUUAUAAAAAUCAAUUGAAAGUCAUGCUGAAACUCUCUUUGGAGUGGCCAACAGCAAAUUUUUCUUCUUUAGUUAAGGGAUCAUUUAUACUUAUAAAGAUGAUAUGCAUACUACAGAAUAUAGUUCAGACAUAGGAGUAAUUGGUUACGUAGCAAAAACACAAGAGGCAUUACUAAUUGGUAAUAUCAAACAACACCAUUCAUUUCAUCAAUCAGUAGACAUGACUAGUGGGUUGCCAAUUUUUACAUUGCCUUUGGCCUUUGGAGUCUUAUAAAUUGUAUUGAACCAGAGUGCACAAUUAUAAUAAAAUAAUAAAUCAAUUGAAGUUCGCAAAUUGUUACAACCAGGAGAAACUUUACAGAGCAUGGCAUUGAUGUUUACUGAAAUCUGUAAUUUUGCAUAUUAGAUUCUACAAAAAGAAUUAUAAUGA